CCCGCUUCCGCCGCUAGGCGGAAGUGCCCGCAACCAGAGGUUGAGGGGCUUCCGGUGGGAUUGCGAGAUAACCAGGGCUCACGAUGGCGGCCUCCUUCGCCGGGAAGAAGAUAGUGUUUGUCACGGGGAACGCCAAGAAACUGGAAGAGGUCAUUCAGAUUCUAGGAGACAAGUUUCCAUGUACUUUGGUGGCACAGAAAAUUGACCUGCCGGAGUACCAGGGAGAGCCUGAUGAGAUUUCCAUACAGAAAUGUCGGGAGGCAGCUCGCCAGGUGCAGGGGCCUGUCCUAGUAGAAGACACCUGCCUGUGCUUCAAUGCCCUUGGGGGCCUCCCUGGCCCCUACAUAAAGUGGUUUCUGGAGAAAUUAAAGCCUGAAGGUCUUCACCAACUCCUGGCUGGAUUCGAGGACAAGUCAGCCUAUGCCCUCUGCACCUUCGCCUUCAGUACUGGGGAUGCAAGUGAGCCUGUGCGCCUGUUCAGGGGCCGGACCUCGGGCCGGAUCGUGGUACCCCGAGGCUGCCGGGACUUUGGCUGGGACCCCUGCUUUCAGCCUGAUGGAUACGAGCAAACGUAUGCAGAGAUGCCCAAAGCUGAGAAGAAUGCCAUCUCCCAUCGCUUCCGGGCCUUGCGUGAGCUGCAGGAAUACUUUGGCGGCCUCACCUCUCCUGGGGCCAGUGAUGAGCAUGCUCGCCGGGGAUCCGGGGAGGGCUAGCCUGAGACCCAUCAGGCAGGUACUCCCCGCCCAGUAUGUCCUUCAGGGUUACUUCCUGGGGGUAUUGAGUGAGACUUGACAGCCUCACCAGACCAGCCUCACCAGUCUGGAGGAGGAGGUGGCUCUGUUUAGAGAAACUGGGCAAGGGGUACCACUCUCUUACUGUUGGGAAUCCAGUGGUCUCUCCAGGCCUUGGAUCAGGUGUUAAACUGGACUUGGCAGGAUUGAAGGUUUGGGGAAGAAUCACACAAACAGUCUCAGCGUUUUUAAAACGUGGCAAAUAAACUUCCGGAAGACACUCCAAAA